CCCAGGACCCUGAUGGCGAACUUCAAGGGCCACGCUCUCCCGGGAAGUUUCUUCCUGAUAGUUGGAUUAUGGUGGUCAGUGAAGUUCCCGCUCAAAUACUUCCACCAAAAGAGAAAGAACAGCAGACUGAAUUAUCACUACCAACGUCUCGAGAUCAUCGAAGCUGCAGUCAGGACUGUGUUUUCACUCAUUGGAAUUCUGGCAGAGCAGUUUGUUCCAGAUGGGCCCCACCUUCACCUCUACAAUGAAAAACAAUGGGUGAAGUUAAUGAACUGGCAGCACAGCACCAUGUACCUGUUCUUUGCAGUCUCAGGAAUUGUUGAUAUGCUCACCUGUUUGGUCACCCACAUCCCCCUGGGGGUGGACAGACUGGUUAUGGCUGUGUCAGUAUUUAUUGAAGGUUUUCUCUUCUAUUACCAUGUUCAUAACCGACCUCCACUGGACCAGCACAUCCACGCCCUGCUGCUGGUUGCUUUGUUUGGAGGGAGUGUCAGUGUCUUCCUGGAAGUGAUCUUCCGUGACAAUAUUGUGCUGGAACUUUUCCGAACCAGUCUCGUUCUUCUGCAGGGAACCUGGUUCUGGCAGAUUGGAUUUGUGCUGUUCCCACCAUUUGGAACCCCUGAAUGGGACCAGCAGGAAGAUACAAACCUCAUGUUCAUUACCAUGUGUUUCUGCUGGCACUACCUGGCUGCUCUCUGCAUUGUAGCCACCAACUACUUCCUGGUUUACUGGUUUUGCAUUCGGCUGAAGAGACAGGAAGGAGGGGAAAUCAUUGGGAUUCAGAAGCUGAAGUCAGAUCACACUGACCAGACUGCCCUCCUGGAUGACUCAGAAGAAGAAUAAAACUAGACUAUGCUGAGGGCAGAGUG